CGGUGACGGCAGCCCGCGGGGGGUGAUGACGGGAGCGCGGCCUGGCGCCGCCACGAAGCGCUGGGCCCGGGAGCGUGGCGGCGGCGGGCGGCAUGAGCGGGCCGCGGGUGCGGGCCGGGCGCUGGGCGCGCUGCUGCUGGUGGCGUCGGUGCUGAGCGCCGCGCUGCUGGCCCCCGGAGGCUCCCCGGAGCGCGACGCUAGGGCCGCCCCGCCCCGAGACAAAACAAGGCAUGUAGAGCUGAAGAUGGACCAGGCUUUACUGCUAAUCCAUAAUGAACUGGCCGGGACAAACUUGACUGUCUACUGGAAUUCCGAGCGCUGUUACCAUUGCCUGCUUCAGGCUCUGGUCAAUGUUUCCUGGAGUGGAUCACCUGGGAAGUCUCACGUUGCAGCCAUUGUCGUGAGCACCCAGCACGGAUCCAUCCUGCAGCUCAAUGACACAUGGGAAAACAAAGAGAUUUGUAGGCUGGAAUACAAAUUUGGAGAAUUUGGCAACUAUUCUCUCUUGGUCAAGCGUGUCCACAGUGAAGCCAGUGAAUUCGCUUGUGACAUAGUUGUCAAUAAGAACCCCAUUGACAGCAACCUUCCUGUGACCACCGCGCUCCUUGUCGGUAUUGCGCUUGUCGUGGCCGUGUCCCUGCUCCGGUUCCUGUUGAGUUUGGAUGACUUUAAUAAUUGGAUUUCUAAAGUAAUCAAUUCUCGGGAAACUGAUCGCCUCAUCAAUUCUGAGCUGGGAUCUCCAAGCAGGGCAGGCCCACUUGAUGGCAGCCUGCCUGCCGCUCCCCAGCGCCUCCGCUGUGUGGACACAUUCAGAGGGAUUGCGCUCGUCCUCAUGGUCUUUGUUAAUUAUGGUGGAGGGAAAUACUGGUACUUCAAACAUGCGAGUUGGAAUGGACUGACCGUGGCCGACCUCGUGUUCCCGUGGUUUGUAUUUAUUAUGGGAUCUUCGAUUUUUCUGUCAAUGACUUCCAUACUGCAGCGAGGAUGUUCAAAAUACAAGUUGCUGGGGAAGAUUGCAUGGAGGAGUUUCCUGUUCAUCUGCAUAGGAAUUGUUAUUGUGAAUCCCAAUUACUGCCUUGGUCCAUUGUCCUGGGACAGGGUGCGGAUCCCCGGCGUACUCCAGCGACUGGGGCUGACCUACUUCGUCGUUGCUGUGGCAGAGCUGCUCUUUGCUAAACCUGUGCCUGGAAGUUGUGCCUCGGACAGAAGGGGCUCCUCUCUGGGAGACGUCACCUCCAGCUGGCCCCAGUGGCUCUUCGUUCUGACGCUGGAAGGCACGUGGCUGGGCCUGACCUUCUUCUUUCCUGUCCCUGGAUGUCCUACGGGUUACCUCGGUCCUGGUGGCAUUGGUGAUCUGGGGAAGCAUCCUAACUGCACGGGAGGGGCUGCUGGUUACAUCGACCGCGUGCUCCUGGGAGACAGCCACCUGUACCAGCACCCUUCUUCAGUGGUGCUUUAUCACACUGAGGUGGCCUACGACCCUGAAGGGAUCCUGGGGACCAUCAACUCCAUUGUGGUGGCGUUUUUAGGAUGUCAGGCUGGAAAAAUACUCUUGUAUUACAAGGAUCAGACCACAGCCAUUCUGAUCAGAUUCAGUGCCUGGUGUUGUCUUCUGGGGCUUAUUUCUGUUGCUUUGACGAACAUUUCUGAAAAUGAAGGUUUUAUUCCAGUAAAUAAAAAUCUCUGGUCCCUCUCCUAUGUCACCACGCUGAGCUCCUUUGCCUUCUUCCUCCUGCUCAUCCUGUACCCUGUUGUGGACGUGAAGGGGCUGUGGUCAGGAACCCCGUUCUUUUACCCAGGAAUGAAUUCUAUUCUGGUGUACGUUGGCCACGAAGUGUUUGAGAGCUACUUCCCCUUCCAGUGGAAGCUGGGGGACAGCCAGUCACACAAAGAGCACCUCACGCAGAACAUCAUCGCCACAGCUCUCUGGGUGCUCAUCGCCUACAUUCUCUACAGAAAGAAGGUGUUCUGGAAGGUCUGACGUGACUGCUGAAAUUUGCUACCAACAGAGUCUUGUGAGCCUUGUGGUAGAGGUGGCACAGACCCACAAAGGGAGGCCCUAGUCCCGCAGGGAUUGCACACACUCCGGGUUCCCGGGGAGAGUGCCGUGGUGGGCGGGACAGCCUGCCUGGGCUCUGCUGGGGUCUGGGCCCUGCUUGCUGGGAAUCACCUUUUUCCUCACUCUUUGUAAAUGUGGACAGAUGUGGAAUGUUAUUCUGAGGAUUUCUCAUUUAACUUUUCAAAAGGCGACCACCGUGGUCGUUUUGGUUCUGUGAUAGUGGAAACAGUCUCAGGUCUGGUUCUUACUGAUCUGGUUUUCCUGCACAUCACUUUCCCAUGUGCACACCUGCCAGCCAGGGAUACAUCAUUCCUGCUGUGGCUGACUGUGACACUCAUUGAACGUUGUGUGAAGUAAUACAGUCUCACAGUUUUUGGCUAAGGGCAGUUUAAUGAGGAAAGUAAGUGUAGUUUUCUCUUCAGCUGCAAGGCAUUGGGGGAUCCAAAAAUACUUUUCUAUCAGCAGCCAUUUUCUCCUUUUCUCCACUUGGAAAAAAAAAGUACAUAUAGAUGUGUUAUUACCAGCCACUCUUGCUUAUAGUUAUCUGCUUACAUACCUGUCCAUCAGUCACCUGUCGUCUGCCUGUCUGUGUAUGUAGGUGGGGGCUGGUGCCGAGGGACAGGGCCACAGAGGGGUGGGGCGCACGGUCUUGCUUGUGGCUCGGUGUUGCCAUCCUUGAGUGUGAGGCGCUGGCAAGUCUGGUGGCGGGUCUGGGCCUCAGUUUCCUCACCAGUGAAUGAGGGCACCACUGUGGACCUUUAGUCUUAGAUUCAGGUGGGAUCCAUCAGUAGCAUUUUGGAAAUCCUUAGAAAAAUGAUAUUAUUAUAGAAACUCCGUAAAAUCAAUGAUGAAAAGUUUAAAAAGCUCACUACAGGCGAUCUGCUCCACCGUGGAGGUAGCUCCCUGCUUGGAGUCACACAACUGAAGACAGAGUUUCUCAGGUGAAGCGAGGAGUGCAGAGACCCUUCCUGUGCAACACACAGUCACGCUGGCGGGUUUUCCAUGAGAGGCCUGCUGCACAGGGACCGUGGGGGUGGCCGCCACUAGCCCCUUCACAGCUGCCUCCCUGGCCUUCCCUGCCCUCCCCCUCCCUCCUCUCCCCUGUGUGGGUGACCCGUCCCUUUAAACCUGCCUCUCAGGCACCUUCUCUCUCAGUGCCCGCCAGAAGUAGUGUUUUCCUCUGGAAUCUCCUGGUCUCUCGGGGCCACUCGGGGUCACUGUCCUAGCGUCUGCAGCUCUCCGCCCCUUGUGACGCUGACCUGGGCACACGUCCAGUUUCCCACACUCGGCUGUGAGCUUGUUAAGGGCAAGACUUAGGCCUUGUUCGUGUGCACAGCAGGCACUAAGUAAACAUAGAAGCGGGCAGUGGUGGUUGCUUUUUAAUAAUUAAGUGCUGAUGAAACGUGUGUGGCCUGCCCUGUGAAAUGCCCUGCAGCUGUGCACGGGCACCUCCGAGGAGCCUGUCGCCUCCCUUCCAGUACUGAGCUGUGUAGACGGUCAGCCGCGCUGUUCCAAACCCUGCUGCCCAGGGCCUCCCCAGACGAAUCGUCCAGAACCAUAUCUCAAACUGGGGAGCAAGCAAGUUGGGAUGCCCUGACCCAUGAGGAACUUCACCUUCCCGCAGCUGGGUCAUCAGGAAAACCUCACGUGACAAGGCCUGAGGUAGUGUUUGCACCUGAGCAUACACCGCACUCAGCCAGGCCCGGUGGGGGGGUGGGGGGUUGACAGUCACGCGCUCAGCAAACGCACACCCACAGGCGGGCAAGGGCGUCCCUCUGCGUCCCACGAUCCCAUCCGCUGGAGAUCCCACGUGCCCCCAGCAGCCAUCCCUUGUCACACUGGCUGCAAGCGCCUCACCUGACAUGUGAAACUGGUAGUGACAAGGGAACUGGGAUUGACCAGACACGGGCCACUGGGAAGCGGCCUCCUGCACCCAGCAGUCAGGAGGCAGUGGGGAGGAUAACCAACAAUGGAUGCAGCUGACGAUCUGGUAAUGCACGGGUCAGGGCACUGACCCCAUGCAGUCAAAAAUCGAGGUAACUUCUGAUCCCCCAAGAACUGAACUGCCUGCUGACUGGAAGCCUUACCGAGAAUGUGCAGUCAGUGUGUGCACAGAUUAUGUAUCAUAUGCUGUAUUCUUACAAUGAAGUGCACUAGAAAAAAGACGUUUUUUCAGAUUGUCACAAAUAUCCGAAAGAUUUUCCAAAAUAUUGAAAUAAAUCCACAUAUAAGUGGACACAUGUAGUUCAAACCCAGGUUCAAGGGGCAGCUGUACAUGGCACACUGCAUCUUAUAGGGAAAUCAGGAGUUCUUAAGAAUAAAGCAAAAAACCAGUA